AUGUUGAAAAAAAAUCCUCUAUUAGACAAAUUUUGUGUGGGAGAUGCAUUUUACCAUGAACUCUCUAUGAUCACAGAUGGUCUACCAAGGUCAAAUUUGGUCAAGCAAUGCCGUGAUGACCUAUACAAAAUGUGCCAAAUUGACUCACCAGAUGCAAAUUUUGAAGAGGCAAAAGUAAAUUCGGUUAAACUGUGUCCAAAGAACAUAUCUCUGAUUAUCUCAAAGAAAAACAAUGACUUCGACCUUAUCAAUGGUAAAAUCAAAAUCAAAAUCAACGGUGAUGGUGCAAGAAUGACCCGAAAUUCAAACUUUAUUUUACUUUCAUUUCCUAUUUUGCAAACAAGGGAGUCAGUUAUGUCUGAUAAAGGAAAUAGAACUCUUGGUAUAGUCAAUGGAUCUCAGAGUUAUCUCAUAUUUUUUUAAAGGGGGGGGACCAGGAAACCAACAUUGUUACAUUUUAAAUUCUACAAGCAUGAUCGUACUGCGUGAAGAUUGACUCUGUAACACAUCCUCACGACAUCCUAUGUUCUUCGGUAUAUUCGUUUCUGGUCCUCUAAAGACCUGAUCAGCAAAAGUAACAAGUAGACAUAAUCAAUCAACACAACAGCGAAAAAAUGGUGCGGUCCUGUGUGGUUAAUGUUUGUACUCAACCUUGUUACCCAUGCUAUUCAUGUUAAUUAUAUAAUUUUAAAGUAUUGUUAACUUUCUACUUUACAGAAAAUGUCCAGACGUCUAUACACACUAGAGGAAGACCAGGCCAUUCAUUCUUAUGUUUUAGGCCGGGGCCCUCUAGUACGAGGGAAUCUGAUAUGGAAACAGGCGGAGUUGAAGAACGUGAGCAAAAAAAUAUCGAUUGUAUACAUAAAUCUCAGUUGAUUGAUCUAACCAACCUUAAUUUGACCUUCUUAGGUGUGCCCUAACAGGACAUGGCAUUCUAUGCGGUCCAGAUACUUAAAACACUUAAAACCGAAGUGAUACGAAAAGAAAGGGCGUCUCCCCCCAAGAGCUCGGAGGCAACAAACUGAGUAUGAGUCAUCAAGUGACGAAGAUACUUGUCCCUGGAAUGAAUUUUUAUCAUCGGAUGAGGUAAACCCCGUCAAAACAAGAAGACGCCUGAAAUUUAUUAGUGAUAAUGACACGGAGUAAAAUUAAAAGCAGUAAUAUCAUAGGUGACGAAUUACUCCUUAAUUUUGGAGCGAAAUUUCAGCGAUAAUUUGUAAUCUCACAUGUGAAAUUAAAAAAUUGCCAUGGCAACCUUCCGUACGUCUCAGUGUCAAGAUGGCGACGAAGUUUUAAAAUGUCAUGAAUGAAGAUGCCAGGGCAUUUAAAGACACUUUAGAAAACCUAAACACACCAAAGAGCACAUCAAGAAGUAUUCUAAUAGGUAUUUUGUCGACAGAAAAUCACUGCUGCUGCGAUAAACAACCUUUGUUGAAUAUCCCGCUUGAUCACACAUUGGUAGGUGAGCUUCACUUAAUGCUGCAUGUCGAAGAUAUCUUGAUUGGAAAUCUAGUGUGGGAGUUCCUAGACUGGAAUAAAUAUGAUCACUUUCACAGUAAAAAAGGGAAUAGCAAAAGGGUUACGAUUAGGGUAAUCAGAUCUUGUGGUGUUUCGUUUGAUGUGCGGGACCAACGAAAUGCUGAUGGGAAAGCAAGUGGCAAACACGACUGGACAAGCCUCUUAGGAAAAGACAAGAAGUUCCAUUUGGCUGACCUUCCCAGUAAGUUAAACAGCAUUCUCCGCCCAGAAACAGUAUCAGCUGUCGUUGAAGUAUGGACAGAGUUCCUUGAAAUUUCCAAAGUUGUCAAUAACUGGCACCCUGAGAAAGAGUAA